AUGUCUAAGCCCAUUUUACCCAAGAAGUUCCUCGACCAGCUCUACAACAUGAACAUCCUGGCUCCCGACGAAAAUCCCGUCAAACGGUUUCAGAAAUGCAAGACCUACAACGGCCCUAAAUCGACACAUGGAUCCAAUUCAAGAUCAAAUCGGCAUUCCACACAUACCAGGCCAUCCCCGUCCUCAUCUUUCCCUUCCAUGCCGCCAGCCCAGAUGACGAACCCGGUGAUGCAGCAAUUCAACGACUGCAUCUUCAACGACUCGAAUGGGCAUUCGUCCAGACCCUCACACCAAUCUUCACAUCACAACCUCUCAAUCCCACAUCCCUCAAAAUCUACCAGAAUCCAUCGCCCAUCAGACUCAUCACACACCUCCUCGAUCCCAGGCACGGCACACGGCGCCAUCGAAGCGUACACUAAACCCCGCCCGUCCCGUUCGUCCAAGGGAAAAGGCGUCCGUUUCGCGCCCAGCGCCUCGGUCCGCGAACGCGAGCCGAAGCACUGGCAUCCCGGUGGCGAGCAGCGGACGAACCACGAGAGCAAAGUGUGGAGGGAGGCCUGA